AUGCAGCCGGUCAAGAUGCCGACAAGGCCGUACCCGAUGUCCAAGAUCGUGGGGCAAGACAUGGUCAAGCUGGCUUUACUACUGGCUGCAGUGAAUCCUGCCAUGGGCGGUGUUCUGAUCUCGGGCAGCAGGGGCACGGCCAAGUCCAUCCUGGCGCGUGCUAUUCACAGCGUGUUGCCGCCAAUCGAACGCAUCAAGGACUCCGCGUACAAUUUGGACCCAGAAGCGCCCAACAUGGUGGAUGACUUCACCGCUGCCAUGCUCGAGAGAGAAGGAAAGGAGUUGAGCGACCUCGAGACGGAGAUUGUGGAUGCCCCGUUUGUUCAGGUUCCUUUGAACGUGAUGGAGGACCGCCUCUUGGGCUCUGUGGACGUGGAGGAAUCGGUGAAACAGGGAAAGACGGUGUUUCUGCCAGGAUUGCUAGCGACCGCCCACCGGGGCAUCCUGUACGUCGACGACAUCAACCUGCUGGACACUGAGCUGUGCCAGAUCCUACUGGGGAUUGUGUCUGAUGGAUGGGUUAACGUAGAGCGUGAGGGUAUAUCGAUGAGGUACCCAUGCAAGCCUCUGAUGAUCGCCACGUUCAACCCAGAGGAGGCAGAGUUGCGGGACCAUCUCCUAGACCGCAUCGCUGUUGCUCUCAGCGUUGAUGCUGCGCCAUUGGACAUGGAUCAGCGCAUUGAAGCUGUGAACGGUGUGCUGGAGUGGGCUGACAUCGACGAGGCAGAUCUCCAAAGCAUCCUGGACGAGGAAGAUAACGUCAAGACUCGCAUCAUCUUCGCCAGGGAAGAGCUGAAGCAACUGCAACUGUCCAAAGACCAGAUCAAGUAUUUGUGCGAGGAGGCGAGCCGCGCACAAACCCAGGGACAGCGCGCGGAAAUAUUUGCUUGUGAAGUGGCUAGGGCUUCAGCCGCUUUGGAGGACAGGCGCGUGUCUGCCGAAGACCUUAAGCUUGCCGUGAAACUCGCGAUUGCCCCUCGUGGCAUUUUCAUGCAGAUGCCCCAGGACGACGAAGAAAUGUUGGAGCCGCCGCCGCCGCCUCCUCCGCCGCCGCAGAACAACCAAGAGGAUGAUGAAAAUGGCGAGGAAGAGAAGGACGAAGACGAAGAGCCGGAGGAAGAGGAAUCUCCAGAGGAAGAGGAGCAGGAGGAAGACCAGCCAGAUGAAGAUGAGGCUCCGGCUAUUCCGCAGGAGUUCAUGUUCGACAUCGACUCCACGCCCAUCGAUCCUGAGCUGUUGGAUUUUACCGGCAAGAACAACUUGGGCAAGUCAGGUGGCCGUGGCCUCAUUUACUCGCAGGAGCGCGGACGGUACAUUAAGCCCAUGAUUCCACGUGGCAAGGUUACACGCCUGGCAGUGGAUGCGACCAUGCGAGCAGCUGCUCCUUACCAGCGACCGCGUCGCAAACGGGCCGCUGGCACCGAGAGGGAAACGCGAGGAGUUUUCAUUGAAGGCUCGGAUGUGCGCGCCAAGCGCAUGGCACGGAAGGCGGGGUCGCUGAUCAUCUUCAUCGUCGACGCUUCCGGAUCGAUGGCCUUGAACCGGAUGAAUGCGGCAAAGGGGGCGGCCAUGUCGCUUCUGCAGGAAGCUUACCAGUCACGUGACAAGAUCUGCAUCAUUCCUUUCCAGGGAGACAAGGCAGAGGUCCUCCUUCCUCCAACCAAGUCUAUCGCCAUGGCCAGGAGACGUCUGGAGACGAUGCCGUGUGGGGGAGGGUCGCCGUUGGCGCAUGCCCUCAAUGUUGCUGUACGAACAGGCAUCAAUGCUCAGAAGAGUGGAGACGUGGGGAAGGUGAUCAUGGUGUGUAUCAGCGACGGGCGGGCGAACGUGCCUCUUUCUGUCAGCAACGGGGAGCCGAUGGACCCUGACAACAAGCCCACGCGAGAAGAGCUGAAGGAUGAGGUGAUAAAGGUGUCAAAGGGGCUCGUUGGCUUGGGCGGCUUCAACCUGGUUAUGCUGGACACAGAAAACAAAUUCGUGUCGACGGGUAUGGCGAAGGAGAUCGCGGCUGCGGCAGGCGGUCGGUACCAUUACAUCCCCAAGGCAUCAGAACAAGCCAUUGCCAGCGUUGCCUCGCAAGCAAUGGAGGGCCUUUGAUGCCCAGAUUUAGCUACGAACGAGAGGAUUUUAACGCAAGGUGUUAAAGACAGAAAAGUGAUGCGAUAUCAUAGCAGAACGAUGAGUGUUGGGAUUGACCGUUCGGCGCGAAUUGUGGUUGAAGGGGAACCGUUGUGGAGUUGCUAUGCAAGGCUCCCUGUGUUCGUUCUUGGCAUCUAGAGGUAACUAGCAGAGAGUGUAAGUGGCCGUCAAAGCAGCUGUCAGUUUUUAGGGGGGUAGGACACUCACCAAUCAUUCAGUCUUUCGCUGGGAACACCUGAAUGGAAUCAGCCCAUGGUUCAGAAGGUUUUACCCCGUUCUGUGCAAUGUCCCCAACGUUGUUUCCAAAGGACUGCCCUGUUCGUACAUGGCACGGUAUGUUACCAAGAAUACCGAUUGUACAACUUCCCCGUGCUUGAAACGUGGUACUGCUGCAUUCUCUGAAGAAAGUUUCAUGGUGGAGAUGAUCCAAACCCGGCCAUGACCGAUGUGUGUCGAGAGCGCUC